UAAAAUACACGAACGGAGAUCAGCUUACCGCUUAGUCAAAAAUAUGCUACACACGUAUUCAGCAAAUGCUAACGCUGGUCAUCCGUCAAUUCCCUUUCAACCAUGGUCUUCGAUGAUUCCAGAAGGCGAUAAUGUACACAAUAUCACCACUAAUAACAAUGAUAAUAAUAGUAAUAAUAAUAAUUUCGGCAAUAACACAUCAAAAAUUAUAGAUUCAGAGACUUUUGUAAUGCAUCGUGCUCGAUUAUUGAAUACAUAUGAUGAAUCACAGAAUAAUUUAGAGGCUUAUUUAACUAACAAUAUUUGUAUUCGACCAUUCGAUAUGCGCCCACAUACACUGCCAAUAAUGAAUAUGCCUAUGCCUAAUAAUUAUCCGUCAUCAGAAUGUAUGAGUCUUCAUACGGGUCAGGUAGAUACGAAAUUCAUCAAUCGAUUCCAGAGUAAUCCACCAGUAUUAACUGAUAAGGCAUUGCCUACGCAUCAUUUUGCCAAUGAUAUUCGUCAUAAUCAUCUGCAUGACAGUUAUAAUUCACAGAUAAGAUCUCAAUUUUUUCAUACAGGUGUGAAUUUAACCAGGUAUUUAAACCCUGGUGAAUACAGAGAACCGGAGGUGAAUAAACCCACAUCAGAAGUUGACCUUAUUCAACAAAAUCACAACGGUAUUACUACAACAACAACAACAACAACCACUCAUGAUGACAAUGAAAAUCACCAACAGGAAUGCAAACUUCACAAUUCCACGUUCAAUUUCUCGCCAUAUUCAACACAUCAUUUACACAAUUUAUACAAAGAACACCACAACUCAAUUACAAAUCUUACAGAAAUGAUGAAAAAGAAAACGUCAGAAGUAAAUCAACCAGUGUCUGCUCAGCUUCACCUUUCUAACAAUCGAUUUCCACCGUUUCCUUUCCAUCAUUAUACAAAAGACAAUCUGCUAAUUCCAUCAUAUGCCAAUGAUCGAAUUGCGGGCAAUUCCCCGUCAACAACCGGUAAUAAAUCAUCUCCUGUUUAUAAUAGUAAUAAUAAUAAUAAUAAUAAUAGUGAUAGUAAUAAUUCUUUGUCUGACAACAUAACAUGUCGUUAUCAACUAAAUCAAGGAGAAACAUCACAGUUUCAUAGACAAUUUGAAACAAUUCACUUGGAUAAAUUCUCGGCAAUAGCAAAAACACCACCAACAACCACAACAAUGUCAACAAUGAGUACAAAUCUUUCAAGUUUCAGUGUUCAAGACAGUUCUGUAAAACCGCCCUAUUCAUAUAUUGCAUUGAUUUCAAUGGCUAUUUCAUCACAACACGAUGGAAAGGCUACAUUAAACGGGAUUUAUCGUUAUAUUAUGGAGAAUUAUCCUUAUUACCGAGACAAUAAACAAGGUUGGCAGAAUUCAAUACGACAUAAUCUCAGUCUGAAUGAUUGUUUUGUCAAAGUACCCAGAGAUGAUAAACGACCUGGUAAAGGCUCAUUUUGGACUUUACAUCCAGAAGCACAUGGAAUGUUUGAUCAUGGUUCCUAUUUAAGACGAAAACGUCGAUUUAAAACUGACUUAACAUCAACAGAACGUUAUUGUAGUCUGAAAAAACGCUCCAGUAGUAUUAUGGAGGAGAAUUUGUUAAAGUCAAUAGGCAGAAAGAAUUGGGAUGAAAAAACAGUGAAUUCUAGUGAUAUCAGUAAGAUGAAUGAAGAGAAUAAUAAUGCCAAUGUUGAUGAAGUUGAAGAUGAUGGGAACGACGAAGGGAUUGGUGAUUUCUAUGAUGACACUGUGGAAAGAAUAAGUAAAUCUCAUACGAGAUUAACAACCUGUGAAACACAACAGAAUUCUAACAUAUAUCAGACGGUGAAUAAUUUUGAUAGUGUUAAUACUACGGUUAGUACUAUUAGUACUACUGUUACAAAUAGUGUUAAUGCUACGAUUACUGCUACAACCACAGUGACUACUUCAGAUACCAGCUAUCAUCCACUCUUAUGCUUACAACGUCAGGUUGCAGAUCAAUCAGAUUCACUUAAUAAGUCAUCGUUUAAACUGAAAACUUCCGAUGAUACGAUCCAGCCACAUCAACAACAACAACAACAACAACCACAGUUUCAUGAACAUUUAAAUCUACCAAUGAAAUAUAAAGAUGAAUACAGUCAAAGUGACAGGAGUUAUUAUACACUGGAUACGAAUAUUGUUCCAUCUAAACCUUGUGGUAUGCUUCAGAGGUCAAAUGAAUCAUUUCAGACGAAUGAGGUUGAUGAAAAUACCGCAACAAAUAGUGAUUUACAUCAACACAGAACAGAUUUAAAUUAUGAUAAUUCAUGUUAUGCCUAUCAGCCUCCUUUGGAAUUGCAUCAAAAUGAAACAGUUGAUCUCUCCUCUGUGAAUUGUCAUCGAAAUAAUGAAGAAUGGAAGCGCCUAUUGAAAUCAGAAAUGAAUGAAAUGAACGCAAAGACGUCGUGUGACAUAAAUCAUCAAAAUUCAGACAUUUUAACUAGUCAAGUUCAAUUGAAUGAAAAUUUACCGCCUUUUACUAAUUCAGAUAUACCAGCCUAUUAUUUGUCAUCAUUCUAUGCUAAGAGUAAUGAAUUCUGUGAACAGCCUUUUUGGGUAAAUGAGGAAAAUUUGAAAACAAAUUUAUGGGAAAAUAAAUCAAAAAAUGCCCUGUAUAAUGCUGCACAACCAGAUCAAUUACCGCACAAAUACCUACAGCUUGAAUCAAUGAAAAUGGCAGCCGCUGCUUUUGCAUGGCAAGCAAGUAUGGCUACUAGACAACAGUAUAAUAAUAACAAUAACAAUAAUAAUAAUAACGAGGAUUAUGUCAACAAUUAUGACCUGUUGUGGAAUCAUUGUAACCCAGUAAAUACUGACUGUUUAACACAAACAAUGAAUGAAGGAAGAUGUCUAGAGAAUAUUGAAAGUCAAAUAACUGAAUGGUAUUCAACCUGUAAUGACUCUGUAGUAAAUACAAAUCAUAUGAAUAUUAAAUCCUCAUUCGAAAAUAUAAAAUUACCCGGUAAAUAUGCAUCAUUAUCCUCAAGUUCAUCAACUAGUGAAGAUUCAUCAGUUGGAUUAAAUGAAACCGAUUUCAAUUUGACGGUAUCAAGUCAAUCAUCAUCAAAUAGAUUAUUAAAAUAUGAUCAACAAUUAUGUUGACAUACUGCAUACACAAUAUUUUAGAAGCUAUCCGUAGAUGGAUAAAUGAAUAAAUUAUUAUUAUUAUCUCGUUUUCUCUUACUACUGAUAAUAAGGACAGUAGUAAGCAUAAAUAUUACAAAAUUUUGUGUGGCAGAAGAUAAUUGAUUGAACAUCACACUUUGAAAUUUUGACAUUGAUUUUCUUUUCAUUUGAUGAACGUAUGAUUUCAUAUAUAUUUAUUAUAAAAUAUGC